AUGGCGAACCGCACGGACCCGGAUGCGGACACCGUUCACGGGGCGAACCCGCAGUUCCUGGUGGAUCGCAUCGUCCGGGUGAAGAUCUACAACGACGCCUAUUGGAAGGAGUAUUGCUUCGGUUUGACCACCGAAUCUCUCAUCGACGAGGCGGCCAAGUUGGAUUACGUGGCCGGCACCUAUGGCGGCCGCCGACGCCCCUCGCGAUUUCUCUGCCUCUUCCUGAAGUUGCUGCAGAUUCAGCCGGAUGAGGAUGUGGUUCUAGAAUACAUCAAGCAGCCUGAACUGAAAUAUCUCAGGGCCCUAGGCUGCGCGUAUCUCCGGAUCACUGCCAGGUAUCUGACGGUCUACCAGACCCUGGAGCCACUCUUCGCGGACUACCGCAAGCUGCGGUACCGCAACAUGCAGGGCAAGAUGUCCAUGAUUCGCAUGGACGAGUUUAUCGAUUGGCUCAUGAGAGAAGAGACCAUUUGUGACGUCACAAUGCCGCAGAUGCCCAAGAGAGAAAUCCUGGAGCAGACGGGGCAGCUGGAUGUCUAUCAAAGUGUUCUGGAGGAUGACCUCGAAGAUCUGGAGGAGCUGGAACGAUCUUUGAAGGAGCAAGCGAAGGAGGAGGCUCCUGCGGCAGAGAAGGCAGAGGCUUCGAUGACGAAGGAAGCCGAAGAUGGUGAAGGCGAGAAGGGUGAGGUCGAAGAGAAGCGAAGAGAGGAGAGGAGGGAUGAUCGGCGAGACGAUCGAAGAGAUAGAAGAGAUGAGAGGGAAAGAAGAGACAGACGAGAUGGACGCGAUGAUGAUGACCGGAAGGAGAGAAGAGAAAGAAGAGACGAUGAGAAGAAGAGGAAAGAUCGGGAUGACCAUCGGGACCGAGAAGAGAGAAGGGAAAAGAAAGAGAAGAAGGAUAAAAAGGAAAAGGACGAGAAGAAAAAGAAGCCAAAGUAUGCCAAUAAGGCAGAUGAAGAGAGAGCUGCAGGCCAUUCAAAGAACGACAAGGAUGGUCUGACGGUGGAGGAGUCGAACGAGAUUCGCAAACGCUUGGGGCUGAAACCGCUCCGGUUUGAGCGACAUCUCUUUCAUGCCACCUGGGGCUUGGAGGAUCGAAGGGAAGGCUUCCAGGCCUUCAUCGAAAAACGCGCCGCCAAGUGGAAGGAUUGCUGA